GACUCGCGCAGAGACCGGAGCAGUCCCGCAAUUCACGCGCACAGCAUUUCAAUCCGGACCUGCAGGGUUCGAGCCGCAGCUGUUCUCUGCUACUGUGCGGGUUCCACGGCGACCCAUGAGAACUUUCAUUUGACUUCAUCGCUUCAUUUUAUUUUAUUUUUAUUUUCAACCAUUAGCCAUUCUUAUUAUUUUGCUCCAUUCCAAUAGGCUACAGUUGUUUCAUUCUUGUUCAUCUUUUUCCAUUCAUUUUGGGAACUCCGGUGUUUCUUGUACCCCCCUCGUUUGCCUAUACGGAAUACCUCGCAUUUGGAAUUGGUACCUGCUUGGCUUGUUAUCCACACCGGGGGAUUAACUUCAUGUCUCCACGGACAUCAAGUACCACGGCGGCGACGACAAGGGUCGCCUUCCUGUGAGGAAUGUACGUGCUGCCCACGGCCGGCUGAACGGAGAGGGCUUCACUCAGUCUGUCGUACAGGCUAUUUUACCGAAUGAGAAACUGCAUGCUGUCCGCGGUGCUGCUCUCUCUCAUCUUGAGCAGGACUAAUAGAGGAGUAGCUCUUCCCACCGGGAUGGUUCACUUCUAACCGGGCUCCUAUUCAGCAUUUUUAUACUUUCUCUCCAGGAACGGGGAUAUUGAGUUUGGAUUGUCACAGCCAGCACUCCACAAGACCUUUUUUUUUUCAAAUUAGAAAUUCCCGCGAAACGGAAUUUGACCGUAACGGUCGUGACGGACCAUGGGCGACUCUUUGUGGAGAUAUUACUUUGGAGUUUUAGUGAUCGCGUGCAAGGUGAACCUGUCCCGCGCGCUCAUCCUGGACUCCAUAUACUGGAACACCACGAACACCAAGUUUGUGCCGGGACAGGGUCUGGUGCUGUAUCCGCAGAUUGGGGAUAAGAUGGACAUAGUUUGCCCACGUGUGGAAGGUGGUUCAAUGGAAGGAGUGGAGUAUUAUAAACUCUAUAUGGUUCCUCUGGAACAGCUAAAGUCCUGUCAGGUCACAAAAGCAGACACGCCUCUACUCAACUGCAUCAAGCCAGACCAGGACGUCAAAUUCACCCUCAAAUUCCAGGAGUUCAGCCCAAACCUUUGGGGCCUGGAGUUCUUCAGAGGGAAAGACUACUACAUUAUCUCUACAUCUAAUGGAACAAUGGAAGGGCUGGAUAAUCAGGAAGGAGGGGUGUGUAAAACCAAGUCGAUGAAAAUCAUCAUGAAGGUUGGACAAAACCCCUCUGAUCCCAUUUCCCCCAAAGACUACCCUACCAGUUACCCUCCCAAACACCCUGACUUUGGGGGCAAGGACAGCAAAUCGAAUGAAGUACUAGACAAGCCUGAUGCAUCUCAUCAUGGAGAAGAUAAGGGAGAUGGAAAUAAAUCCUCAUCAGUCAUCGGUUCAGAGGUGGCCCUUUUUGCCUGCAUCGCCUCAGCAAGCGUCAUUGUCAUCAUCAUAAUCAUCAUGCUAGUUUUUCUUCUUCUGAAGUAUCGUCGACGUCAUCGCAAACACUCUCCUCAACACGCCACCACGUUGUCACUCAGCACAUUAGCCACGCCCAAGAGGGGCGGCAGCGGCGGCAACAACAACGGCUCAGAGCCGAGCGACAUCAUCAUCCCACUGCGGACUGCUGACAGCGUCUUCUGCCCGCAUUACGAGAAAGUGAGCGGCGAUUACGGACACCCAGUUUACAUCGUACAGGAAAUGCCGCCACAGAGCCCAGCAAACAUCUAUUAUAAGGUGUGAAAAUGGACACGCUAUUUUUUCCCAGACGUUUUAACUCUAACCCCUCACAUGCCCCUCGAUGAACCCCCUGUUGGCGGCAUCGAUGCCUGAGCUCACCCUCGUUCUGCCCCCUCUUAUUUUAUUUUGUUCUUGUUUAUUUUACAAUAUUAUUACUCUCAGUAUAGAUGUUGCUGAUGGUGGAGUGACACUCCUGAUUCGCUGCUCUUGCACCUGCAAAAACGAAACAAACUAAUCGACAAAUGACAAAAACGGAAACCCUCCGAGGGGACUGAUGUGCACUAUAAUGGAUACUAUAGUGUGUGUACGAGGUAGCGUGUGUGGACGAACGGGGGAGAGGGGGGUUGAGGGGGUGGGCGCGAAAAGAGAGGUCAAGAAAAUGAUUCUUCCUCUUUUUUUCCACUACAUCAUCUCCCUUAAGGACACAACAUGUGGAGAUGGAGAAGAGAAGCGGCGUGUAUCACACAACCACAAAUAAGAACUUGAGCUGUUUAUUUAGCUCGGCCGAUCGGCUGAUCUGUCGCAAAACAGGAAGUGAACACAGCCCAUUGGUCAGAGGAAGUGGAUUUAUUGAGGAUGCUCUUCGGAGCGUAGUGUUGGACAUUUGAAUGGACAUCAUCUGUUUUUGCACGUUCACUCGUACUGUUUUCAUUUACGUUAGCUCUCCUCAUUUGCUCACCUCUACAAAACGACUCACCAUGUUUUACUUGAAGUCUUUUUGUAUGGUCAUUCGUCUUACUUGCAUUUCUUUCUGUCAUUCCCAGUGCAGUCCACUUUGCAGAUUUGUUUGGUAGAAGAUUAAUAGGUAUCGUCAUAGAUAUCCUUUUGUGCUGGUUUAUGUGCCGUUUAGUAGCGUGGAAGACACACACACACUCACAUUUCAUUUCGUAUACAUCUGCUGUCGAGGCUGGAAAAAAACGAGACAAAUAAUGAGAGAACGUCAAUAUUUGGUACAGUUGCUGUCCUGUUAACAGCUGGGAAGGUGGAGGACUCACAUGAACACUUUAGCAGCACUUUGAAAGCCUCAACACCUUGCCCGAUGGAGUACAAAUGCAUCAAAACAGACAGAGAUAGCAGGGAGCAAAUCGCUCAUGGCUUAUUAGCAAAAUCUGUCAUUUUUGACACAAAAUGGCCGCCUUUCCCAGCCAUGUUGCUGCAGAGGUUCCUGUUUUUCUAGUAUUGCUGCCAUCACAAACAUACACUCGUUCACCGGUGGCCAGUGGAAAAGUGCUCUAUUGUUUUUGCUCAGAAGCACAGGAACAUCUAAUCACAUCCCGAUUUUUUCGUUUAGAAUGAAACAAAAGAUUUCAUUAGCCUUUUCUUAUGGAUUCGUUGAGCUCUAGAUAAAAAUGAUUGCACAUAGAACCCAUUUUUAUGAUAGCAUGCAGACAAGUCAGUGUGAAACAGCAAGAAUAUGAAUAAUUUAUGGCGAAUCUGCACAUUAUGCAACUUUCUUUUUCGUUUACAGAUAUUCCUCCACCUCGCCAUUUGCCUUUUUCCAUCGAUCCCGACACGAAUAGCUGCCUUUCGACCACAAACACACAUAUACAUACCCGCACAAAAAGCACAUGCGCUCAUGGCCAGGGAAGGGGCGGCUUGGGAAGGAGCCCUCAGGGAAAACAGCAUGUUGGGUUUUAAAAUAGCCGAAAGGAAUGAGAGGGAAGGGCCAGAAACGGACCAAAGGAAGGGCACGUCUAACUGAGUCCUGACUAAACCAACUUCUCCAGCCUGCCUGUCUCAGUUGAUGAAGCUCAGAUGUGCUCUGAGUUGAAAUUAGGCCCCUUAAUCUGGAAGGAAAGCAGUAGACGUGGGUUAGCAAGCAUACCAGAUGAGAACGAGCAGAGGCUAAAUGUAGUAAAUUGCAUGAAAUGGGAUCUUUCGGGCUCAAAUUGUGGGAGGUUUCUGGAGGGGAAAACCAAAAAAAGAAGAGAAAAACACAUUAUGAUCGAUGGAGGUCACAAGUGGACCUAGCUUGCGCUUUAGAGAGGAAGUCACCAAGCAGAGGCCAGCGUAUCCCAUAACCAGCAACUCCCAGAAGAUUUACGUGUGUCGUUAUUUCGUGAGCAAUGCCAGCCUGUAGACGGUUAAAUCCAUUUGUUUUUUUGUUUUUCUCACAUUGAAAUCGAAAUCGCUCACCUACGGUGGACUUUGAGAGAUGUCCACCGGCUGACUGUGGAUUGUCGCAGUGGCACAUUACCUGUUCAUCCAUAUUGUUUUCACUUGUUCAUGGAGGUUCUUGAAUCUCACCGAGAAGCCAAGCCUUGUGUGAUCGGAGCUUUGUGCCUCUGUAAGAGGCCACAAAAUCUGCAAAUAUGCAAUUUUUAUUUAUUUUUAUAACAAUUGAGAAAAAAAAGAUGAUAUACGUUCACCUAUGGAAAAGUGUUCUUAACCACUGAAAAUUAAAUGAUACAAUACAGCAUCCGAAAACACUACAACCCCAGUGUGUUAUUAUUAUUAUUACUUUAUUUUUUACUUUGUGCUGUAGGUUCGAGGUAAACUGUGAAACAUGAACACUUUUACACACACACACACACACACACACACACACACACACACACACAUACAUAUUGAAGACUGAGCAGUUGUUUUAAACUCUAAAACACACACACAAACACACACACACACAUACUACAAAAAAACUACAAACAUGUUGCUGUUUGGUUGCUGUCCCAUAUGGGCUAAAUAUGACAAUCUCCUUAGUUUCUUCGAAUCCGAAGACACUUUCCCGGCAAGCAGGUUGCAAACGUUCCCGUAACAUUUUAGGAGCGGUAGGACUUAACUAGUAGCGUAAGAUGUUGCACCGAUGUGGGCGGAAGGUUUGCGCAACGCAGGGACAAGUGUCUUCGGGCCACUGUAAAAUGCCUUGCUUGUAUGGUCACCCUGAGUUCACAAGACUCUAGUUUUUGCACCGUACAUCUGUAGGUAAGAGGCUGUAAAUAUGUUAUUGUUUGUAUUGUAUAUGGAUCCCCGGUUGUUACGAUAGCCUUAUUCUCACAUUUCUAGCAAAUAAAAAAAAAGUUAAGGAAAAAAAAAACAUGAAUCACUUCAGUUAAGAGAGCAUACUAAUUUUUUUGGUAAAUAACUUGUGUAAAUAUUGACGACGAACCCAAUAAAUCGUUUUUUAUAAACUCUUAAGUAAGAUGUUUUGUAUAGAAUUGGAAUUUUUUGCUAUGUAUUUUAGCUAGCACUCGUCAGACCCCUCCCACUCAACCCUUUUGCACUGUUCCCAAUGGCGAUCUGGUAUAAGAAUGAAAAUGAGAUAGAGAAUUGCCAAACUGACUGCUUGCUGCAUAUUUGUGCCAUACGUGUGUACCAUAGAUAUUUAUUUAAUUAGUUCUUUUUGUUUCUUCUUUGUUUGUUUCUGUUGGAUUUUUUCUACCCAGUUUGUACGCAACCUCAGUAUUACCAUUUGAGUUUUUUUCCCCCCCGACUUGUCCACCUCUUGUAAUCUUUCUGUUUAUCGUUUCCCGAUGCGGCCGUUUUCUCUCGCAGUAAGAUCUGGUCAGGACGUGCAAACCUUAUACAAGUCAUAGAAAUGAAAUGGCACACAUUCCACCAGUCUGUUACAAACUGAAAAUGUUUUUCAAUAAAAUGUUUUUCCUAUGGAA